AUGUGGAAACUGAAAGUCGGGUAUACCGAAGGACCAUUUAGUAAAUGGCUUUCUAGCACGAAUAAUUUUGCAGGAAGACAAACUUGGGAAUUUGAUCCUGAUGCUGGUACUGCUGAAGAUCGAGCUGAAGUUGAAAAAGUUCGUGCAGAAUUCUAUGAGAAUCGAUUCCAUGUGAAGGCUGCUGGGGAUGUCCUAUUGCGUUUACAGAGAUUGAGAGAAAAUAAAUAUAAGAUUGAUCUAAGCAUACCAGCAGUAAAGAUAGUUGAUGACAAAGAGAUCACUUCUGAGGCAGUGACAACCACGUUAAGGAGAGCUGUCCGAUUUCUUUCAGCGAUCCAGUUAGAUGGCGGCCAUUGGGGUGCGGAAAUCGGUGGGCCGACAUUUUUCAUGCCACCCCUUGUUUUUGUACUGAAAAUUACUGGAACUUUGAAUACAAUGUUGUCACCUGAACAUAUAAAAGAAGCCCUUCGUUACAUGUAUUGUCAUCAGAAUGAAGAUGGAGGUUUUGGAACUCAUAUUGAGGGUCACAGUACUAUGUUCGGCACUGCCCUGAACUACGUUUGUAUGAGAAUGUUAGGGGAAGGACCGAACGGUGGUAGAGAUGAUGCAUGUGCAAGAGCACGAAAAUGGAUUCUUGAUCAUGGAGGUGUUACUUUAAUACCUUCUUGGGGAAAGACCUGGCUUUCGAUACUUGGAGUGUAUGAUUGGUCAGGGUGCAAUCCAAUGCCACCUGAGUUUUGGCUACUACCUUCCAUUGUGCCUACACAUCCUGGCAACAUGUGGUGUUUCUGUAGAUUGGUGUACAUGCCAAUGUCAUAUUUGUAUGGGAAACGUUUCGUUGGUCCAAUCACAGAUCUUAUUAUAUCUUUAAGAAAAGAGCUUCAUGUUCAACCUUACAAUGAAAUAAACUGGAACAAAUGCCGUCAUGCUUGCGCCAAGGAGGACCUCUAUUAUCCUCAUCCCUGGGUUCAGGAUUUGGUGUGGGAUUCUUUGCACUUAGUUAUGGAGCCACUUUUAACACGGUGGCCUGGUUCUUUAGUGCGAGAAAGGGCUUUGGAAUUAACAAUGAAACACAUUCAUUACGAAGAUGAGAAUAGUCGCUACAUCACCAUCGCUACUGUGGAAAAGUCCCUAUGUAUGCUUGCUUGCUGGGUGGAAGACCCCAACUCAGAUGCAUUUAAAAAACAUCUCGCCAGAAUCCCAGAUUACUUGUGGGUUGCUGAAGAUGGUCUAAGAAUGCAGAGUUCCGGAAGUCAAACGUGGGAUGCUGGUUUUAUUAUUCAAGCACUUCUAGCAAGUGAUCUUACCGAAGAAAUUGGUGACACUCUUAAGAAAGGACACGAUUUCAUAAAGGCUUCACAGGUUAAAGACAAUCCUUCUGGUGACUUCCUUAGCAUGUACCGUCACACUAGCAAAGGAGCAUGGACUUUCUCAGAUCAAGAUCAUGGGUGGCAAGUUUCAGAUUGUACUGCAGAAGGACUAGUUAGUUGCCUCUUGCUUUCUCAAUUACGGCCUGAAAUUGUCGGUGAGAAAAUGGCCAAUGAUCGUUUAUAUGAUUCUGUUGAUCUUCUACUUUCACUACAAAGUGCUGAUGGUGGUGUGGCUGCAUGGGAGCCGGCUACAUCUCCUAAGUGGUUGGAGGUUCUUAAUCCCACAGAAAUAUUUGAAGACGUUGUUGUUGAACAUGAAUCAGUCGAAUGUACGGCAUCAGUUCUCCAUGCCUUAGUGGUAUUUAUGGAGUUGCACCCUCAACAUCGAAAGAUUGAAAUAGAAAAUGCCAUUGCCAAAGCCGUAAACUACAUUGAACAUACACAACAUCCUGAUGGUUCAUGGUAUGGAGUUUGGGGAGUUUGUUUUAUCUACGGAUCAUGGUGGGCACUACGAGGUCUAGCAGCAGUGGGAAAAAGCUACAAAAAUAGCCAAACUGUAUGUAAAGCUUGUGACUUUUUGCUAUCUAUACAAAGCAAAUCUGGUGGUUGGGGAGAGAGUUAUCUUUCGUGUCCAAAGAAGGAGUAUAUUCCUCUGGAAAACAGCAAAACAAACUUGGUUCAAACUGGGUGGGCUUUGAUGGCUCUUAUUCAUGGUGGUCAGGCUGAAAGGGAUCCAACUCCUCUCCAUCGUGCGGCAAAAGUUCUGAUUAAUAGUCAAAUGGAAAACGGGGAUUUCCCCCAACAGGAAAUAACUGGAGCUUUUAUGAGGAGUUGCAUGUUACAUUAUGCAGCAUAUCGAAAUGCUUUCCCAUUAUGGGCUCUUGCUGAAUACCGUCGCAAGGUCUUAACCCCAUCUUUAAGCUGACAACACCUCUAAAUUUGCAAUUAUAGAACUGGAAACGAUGAUAAUCUUGUUGAUGAUAUAACUAUAUGUUUUUAUUACUUCCCUUGGACUAUGGAUUAUGUACAAUCAUUUACUACUUUUCGUUACAAAGAAAUCAUGUGCUUUUAGAUGA